GUAACGUCAGCUCCUCGGCCGCUCCACGGAGGCACGCACAGGCAGCCAGGGCAAGGUCGUUUAGCGCACAAGCCCAAGAUGAUGUCCUUAGCAGCCCGAUCGGGGGUCUUUUCCCCGUACUUGCAGGCUACCGCUUACACCGUGGCCGGCCCGCUUAAACCUCUGAUCCCGGGUGUCGUGGUAAAGAGCGAAAAGUUCUUAAUAGACCCGAAAAAGCCGUUUCUAUGCCGCGAAUCGUUGAGCGGCCAGUGCGCAAAGACAGGGCCCGCUAUCACAGUGUGCAUAAAUGGCCGUACAGGAGUCCGAUUCGCCCACACAGACCUGCGCAUCCCAGACUUCUCUGACUACAGAAGGCCCGAGGUGCAAGACCCGCACAAGCCCUCUCAGGAGAGCAGUGAGUCUCGCCGCACUUUUUCUUACGUCCUCACCGGGGCGACCACUGUAGUUGGCCUGUACUCCGCCAAGACCGUGGUCAGUCAGUUCGUCUCCUCCAUGAGCGCCUCCGCCGAUGUCCUGGCCCUGUCCAAGAUCGAAAUCAAGCUCGGUGACAUCCCCGAAGGCAAGAAUAUGACCUUCAAAUGGAGGGGAAAGCCACUGUUUGUCCGCCACCGCACGGAUAAGGAGAUCGCCGCCGAAGCUGCCGUCAACCUGGCGGAGCUCCGCGACCCAGAGCACGACAAGGACCGCGCUGCCAACCCCAAAUGGGUGAUCGUUCUGGGGGUGUGCACACAUCUGGGUUGCGUGCCCAUAGCCAACGCGGGUGACUUCGGCGGCUACUACUGCCCCUGCCAUGGCUCACACUAUGACGCUUCAGGACGCAUUAGGAAAGGCCCCGCACCCCUCAACCUGGAAGUGCCAUACUACGAGUUCCCAGAUGAAGACACUGUGAUUGUUGGAUAAAGUCAAGUCAUUAGAACUGUUAAGAUCUUUGCUUUGAGUUUUCAGUUGGACACACAUGGUCAUGUCUGUUUUUAAUGUGUUCAGCAAGCCUGGGAAAGCAAGUUAAUUUUAGCCGUCUUUGACAACCAAAAGGUGGACAUUACACCAAAAAUGGUGAGCAAGUAAUAUUGUAAAGAGCAGUGUUGACCGACCAUGUAUCUCUUCUGUAAAGUUGCAGCUAGAUGACAUCUUAUUUCCAGCUUCCUAAUGUAAGAAAGACCCUUAAGUUAUAUUCACUGUAAAAUGAUUACCUGAACAAAUGAGAUGUUUAAGGCUAAAUAAUAAAGAUGUCUAUUUUCA